GUUUCGAAAGACCCGCCGAUAACUCGUCUCUAACUAUCAUAUCAUUGUUGGCCACCAAUUCCAGUCCCCAUCCAAUGGAUGACUUCCUAUUCCAAGCCGCUGUUCCUAAGACAUUCCAAUUACAACUGAUGCCGCCGUCGAGUAAUAGAAUCGGCGAAAACAAUUCGGGUGCUGUUGUGCAAGAGAUCAGAGUAUUGAACCCAAAUAAGAAUCAGCUGAAGAUGAGACUCAGGCUCUCGUAUCAACACAACGGCAAUGACGUGACGGAACAGUCGGACAGCGAAGUGCAAUCGGGUCUCCCGGAAGGGACGAGAGCUGUGGUGAACGUCUCGGGACAGAAUGUGUUGGAUUACAAACGCAAGUGGACGGAAGGAUUCAAACAAAAUGUCAUCAAUAGUCGCAUUGAAACGACCAAAUUGUUGGCGAAGUCUAUCAAACGUAUGGCCAAAAAGCCGGACGUAUUCGUCACCAUCUCUGGUGUGGGCGCUUACGAGCCGAGUCUCACCAAAGAGUAUACCGAAGAGAGUGAAUGCGGUCACGACUUUAUGGCUGAGUUGUGUCGCGAGUGGGAAAACGCAGCGAUUCUUCCGCCAGAAUUAGGCGUUAGAAAUGUUAUCAUUAGAUCCGGAGUUGUUUUAGGAAAAGACGGAGGUAUUGUGAAUGAGAUAUUCUACCCCUUCUACAUGGGUUUGGGCGGACCCAUAGCCUCUGGCAAACAAUACUUCCCAUGGAUUCAUAUCGACGAUUUGAUUAACCUCUUCCUCUUUGCCAUCGAAGAGAAACAUGUGAAUGGAGUCCUUAACGGUGUUUCGCCGCAACCGAUCACUAACUACGAGUUCACCAAAGCUGUGGGCCGAGCGAUGUGGAGACCGACUCUCAUACCACUGCCCGAGUUUGUGGUGAAACUGCUGUUUGGUAGCGAACGGGCGGUAAUGAUGACCGCCGGACAGAAAGUGAUUCCUAAACGAACGCUGCAAUUAGGCUUUCAAUAUAUGUUUCCUCAUAUAGACAGCGCC